ACUAAUGUGGCAGAAAUUCAGUAGACCACGAACGGUCCGACAAGGCAGACGUUGAAUCUCUGGCGCGACAGUUGGACGCGAAUCUUUUUUCGGACAUUCUGGAGCAUCUCCAUGCUGGUUAAAGACACGUGACAGAUAGGACCGCUCUCAGCUGUCGCUUAGAACUUUGGCGCUGGAUAAGAACAAAUAGGCUAAGUGUUAAGUUUGUUCUAAAGCGUAUCGCAUUCGAACCGGAAAUGAAUCGCAAGUGAUAUUUUGCAGUCAAGUGGUAAAAUAUUGUUAGUCUUGUGAGAAAGUUUCCCGAUAACGACCCGACAGGUCGCAUUGGCCGCCCUUAACCGAUCCCAGUUUGGGAGGUUUCGAACCGUUGGAAAGAUAAAGUGCCACAUUUUGUGGGGAGAAGUAAUUCAAAAAACCCGACUUGAAAAAGGAAAAGGCAUUGUGAACGUAACAGUGAGAGUUGAUACCGACACAAUAAGUACCCCAACUGUGUCCUGUCAUAAGAGGUGAUAAAUCAUUAAAAGUUGGAAUCAAGUCUUUUGUGUUAAUUUCGGAGCCCUCUCUUGGUUGGCGAAGGUGAAAUUUGCAAAACAUGAGUGAUUGAGAAGUUUGCCGAGAGAAAAAAAGAGUAAAACACGAGAAGAAGUAGGCAAUUAGUGACAUCCCCCUGUGUCUUGCAGUUUUGCAUUGUCCACGUUCCCGGGCGUGGAAAGUGAGAGUAAAAGUUACAGCUACUCGAAUCGACAAUCGCAUUCAAAGGAAAGUUGCACCCCCCGCUUGGAGAGGAGAGUGACCGGAACCAUUAUCGCCUGCCUGUGACAUAAGGAAAGAAAUUUGAGACCGCAAGUUGGAUUAUCUUUUUUUUGUGUGUGUUGUCAAGGGUUGGCGUUAAGUGGUGCGUGAAGUUGCAAUUAAGGCGAAGUUAAAAAGAACAGCGGAAGGUGUGUGAUUGAGUGGUGGUGUAGGAAGUAACCAUAAACUGGAUCGAGAGCCAUUACGAGAUAGACUUUCCUGUGCGGACGAGAAACAAGACGGAUUGCAUGAUGAAGCUGUUCAUUGUGUUGAUUGCCGUGUUGGCAUUGUAUCAACGCGUUGAGGCGCAAAAUGCAACAUCAAAGGUGACAGACGCAGACAGUAGCGCUUCCGAAAAGGAAAAGGCUACCGAAGAAAAGACGAAAGAGACCACCAAUGCAGAUGCUCGCGGAAAGCGAAACUUGGAAUUGGGAAAUUAUGGUUACAACUACUAUCAGACGGUUCCGUAUCGAGCGGAUCGUCGCAUCUCGAACGCCUUCCAAGAUUCCCGGCCACCUUACUAUCAUCCCAACAACUAUAUCCACCACUCACAAUCACCGUCCCACCAGUACCAUGGUAAACGCCCCUCAUAUGCGGUCCAAUUGGAACCGCUUUUGAAGUCUUCCGAACACGAUCCUCUUUAUCCUUCUCAUGUCCUUCCCACAGGUUUCGAAAGUGACGUUUCCAAUUCGGUGAACAACUAUCAGCCAUUGCCGCCAUCAGGACCACACCACCAUCAUCCAGUCUACUUGGAAGCUCCGGAACCGAUCAUCGAAAUUAUCAUCAAGGAGAGCAACGAUUCUACUCUAUACGAACAGCAGUCAAUUGUUCCUUCGCAAAAGAAGAAGAAGGAAGAAGUGCAAGUAUUCUACGUAAAAUAUCACAAGGACGACAAACACGGAAUUGUAUUGGAUACUCCAAUCCCUGCUCUGAAGCCAUUGCCUGACGAGAGCGAAGAAGAGGUCGAUGAAAGCUCUCUGCACGAAGAACCCAUUGUGGUUACGCCAAGUCCUCCUCAGAAAACUACGACGCUUAGAGCUAUCAUCAACCCAGAUUCUGAGAAAUAUCACAGUAACAGCGGAAUCCGUAUCUCAUUCGGUGUAGAAGACAAACACCAGUCUGGACAUCAGAUCUCGGAGACAGAGAGCGAAAGUGUUGCUCAACCCGUCGUAGCUCUACCGCAAGGACACGUGUUGCCUCAACCACAAGCACAGACACAACCACAGCAUCAAGCUGUUCAUCAACAGUCCCAACCUCAACUCCACCAUCAGCAUCAUUCUAGUCAACACAAGGCUGAUCAAUUCUAUCAACAGCACCAGCAGUUCCUCCAACAGAGAUCGUUCCCAACUCCAGUCCCAUUUGCUUCGCAACCUCAGUACCACCAACAAGCUCCUCAGCCUCAUCAGAGCUUUGUGCAGAACUUUGGACAAUCCACCGCUGUCCCUCAAUACCGUGCUCAGCCGCAAUAUCAAUACCAACAAUACCAACCUCAAUCUCAUCGUUUCCAACAAUUUGACCAGAGCAGAAACUUUGCACAACCCCAACAGCAAUUCAGAGCACCUGUUGCACAGCCGCAACAAUACGUACAGCAACCUCGGCAACAAGUACAUUUCAAUGCUCCGGUAACCUCACAACCCCAGUCCCCGCCUCAAACACAAGCUCAGCCUCAAUUCUUCCCACAACCUCAACAGCUUCGUCAACCGCAACCUCAAGACUACCAACAACAAGCCGCUCAACCCAAACCCAUCCCCAUUCCAUUGCACAACAUCAACAACCAACCUCCUCUAAGACAUCAAUACUCGCCAGCCCCUCAACAAAAUCAAUUCAAUCAACCCUUCAAUAACUUCCAUAAGCACCAGCAAACCCUUCAACCACCAAAGCCCUCUAUCCAUAAUCUACCACCUCCACCCCCACCACAACCUCAACCUCAACCCCAACCACCCCGUUUCCAAGAUAACAACUUCCCGGCCAUCCGCGGCAACUUUGUUGAAAGCCCACGUCCUGUCCAAGGGGGACUCGUACAACAGGCAGCUCCCAACCUCAGUACCACUCGCACCCCUAACUAUCCCACAAGCGCCGCCGACCAUCAAAACAACCUCCGUAACAUCCUCCCGGCUGGCGGUGAACUCGUUCAAAGUGUUCCCAAAUACGAAUCCCACAUUACCGAGCACAUCAAAUCGGAUGGACAGAAGCAAAGCUUCCUGUCCACUCCCACAUUCAACAUCCAACCAUCUCAGGAACUAAUCAGCCAUUCCGUCGCCCCUCAAUUCGAAAACGCUGUACCGAAGGAUUAUGCGCAAUCCACGGCUCCAUCUCCGUCAACGCCUCAGCAGUACAUUAGCAAACCCCUUCCCACGCCUCAGAUCAUACCGAACUCCGAACCGAUUAAUCAAAGCCUUCGGGUCGCUAACCAAGUCGCGCAUCUCAUCAACGUAUCGCCACGCAACAACUUCCAGUCACAACAAUCACAACCACAAGAAUCUCAACCACAACAAUCUCAUCCCCAACAGCAGCGACCUCAACCUGCCCAUCAGACGAACUUUGUCUGGAACGGUGGCGCUACCUUUGCCUCGUCCCCCAAACCUCAACAACAGUUCCAACAGCAACAACAGCAUCAACAGCAGCACCAACAGCAGUUCCAACACCAACAACAGCAGCAGCGCCAGCAAUUCCAAUCGCAGCCCACGUUCGGAACUCGCACUGCCAAUACCUUCGCCAAAACUACUCCACUGCUCCCAACUACUCCCAGAUCCACAACCACCCAGCGCCCAACGACCACUACCACCACCCCUGCAUCAGCCGUAAUCUCGGAAAAGAAGCAGAAAGCCAUCCUCGACCUUCCCGCCGAAGUCCCCGAUGACAUCCGUCAGCAUUUGCUCUCCUCUGGAAUCCUCGACAAUGCCGACAUCAGCGUCCUGGACUACGACAAGCUGGGAGAAACUUCCCUGGACAACCUGCCCCCAGAGCAUCUGGCUAACUUCUUCAGCUCCGGUGGUGCCUCCCAGCUGGCCGGCUCCAGCAACGUUGUUUCCGUCGUCAAGCCUAAUGGUGAAAAGGUAGCCGAGAAGUUCAUCUCCAAGAACUAUGACGUCAAAGAUAAGCGCUCCAAGUACGAACCGUCCAGCUACGAAGAGCAACCGCAAGAUACCAUGCCUGAGAAGCAAAACGUCGACCUGAAGGUUGUGCGAUUCGAUUCGUCCAGUCAGAAGAACGUCACCGAUCGGUACAUCAAACACGAUUCAACCAUUCUGCCAUCGGUUGAUGUCACCUCGGGAGCUGCCAACGCCGAGCAGAACGACGAACAGAGCUACAACCGGUACUUGCCGCUGAAGAUCAACGGAGCUCAGUUCCCGAUUCCGGACGUGGCCGAGCUUCGCGGCAGACGCAUUUCCAGCGUGGUCGUACUGGCCCCAGUGGACAACAUCAUGCCCAACAAGAACUUUGUCAUCAAUGCCGAAGCGGAGGGAUCGGUGGUUUCCGGCGAGGAAGAACCAGAUCAGCCUCGGUUCGAGCGGGAUACGCUGCUGGACUCGCAGAAGGUUAAGUUCAUCGCCGGCGAAGCGCUGAAGCAGCUCAUCAAGAAGCCAUCGACGGAGAACUUCAAGCGGUGGUUGGAACGCGAGGGCAAAACCGAUAUCGAUCUGCAGAGCGUUGUGCUUCUCGUUACACGCAACGAGAACGACGACCAGGAGAUCUUCAUGUACGACAUCGGCACUAAGGGAGUGACGCACCUGAACGGUGAGCUGUCCCAAGCGUUCGUCAAGGUGGCCGAAGAGAACGCCCAAACCCAGAACCUGGAGGAACUGCCCGUCGUCGACAGCGGCAUUGUAGAACAGAUGGGAGCCGGCGCGAAGGAUCGCCAGAGCGAGGAAGCUUCCUCCUACGAAGAAGACGCGGAUCUGGAAGCCGAAUCGGACGAACAAGCGGAAGCAUCCGAGCAGAAGCCAAUCUACGUGUACCCGAUCAACAGCAAGUACCGAAGGGUGCAGAUCAACUCCGGGUACAGCAAUAUCAAGAACUAGGCGAUCCACCACAAGUGCCAAUAUUGGAACCGUCCGUCGUUGAUGCACGCGAGAACAAGCGAGAGAUGAUUGAUUGUUGCGUAGAAGAGCGCGUGUGUGGAAGCCAAUCAAACCUUUAAACAUAGUUCAAAUUACUUCUUGUUUAGAGCUAAUCACUAGUGAGUAGAGAACAAAUCUUGGAUUUCCCCGCUACCCAAUGAAGAAUGCAAGUGCGUGUGAAUGCUUUUUAGUUUUUUCCCUUGUAGUAAAUUUCUAUACAUAAAAGUGAAAGUUAACAAACAACGAUUUCGAAACAGCUAGAAAGUGCAACCGCAGAACGUCUUCGCGCAGCGAAAGUUCUUCACUCAGAUAAACACAAAUUCUGAUGGUAGAAACAUCUUUUGUACAUAUGAACCUAUAAUAGGAAAAUGGUCUUCCUCGGGGAAGCCAAUCAGUUCGAAAGUUGCCAGACAUAGAUUGUUAAAACUAAUGGGACCCUUUUCCGAGAACCGGGUGUUCACCCACUAAAAUGUAUUGUUAGGAUAUUCAGUAGCUCGUACUUUCUGUUAUGGCUUGACCACCAUAGGGAGCAAUAGAAAAAAAAAGAGUUUCAAACUCAAGAUGUUAGUUAGUGACCGCAAAAUGACAACAAAGUCAGUAGGAUUAGUAUAGUAUUUUGAGCCAACAGAGGGGAGACUCCGUUGUAGAGUAAAUAAUUCUGGGAACGAAAACAAAAUUGUUACGAAUGAGAGUACCUAUUUAAUUAAAUUAUGAUAUGCUGUAAAAAGUACUAAAACGAACGUCUACAGGAAAACAAACUAUAUGGAAUGCCUUUAAAUUACCCGUGUUAUAUUUGGUUAGCCCUCAUUCGGGUAUAUUUCUUCCAAACUUCCAACUACAAAUGAUAUCACUUAGGAAACAGAAUGACAUUUCUGCUCUAAGCCCCUUACUAAGAUGCUCUGUAACUGCCGAAACUUUUCUAAGUAAAUAAAUGAAUAACUAUGCAAA